GACGCUGUCGUUUUGGUGGUAUAGUGUUUGAUAAAUAUCAUAAACAUCAAAAACUCAUAAACACACAAGGCCCUGCAAGCAAAUUAAUAAUGGCGUCAUUGGUAUCGCUUCAAAACAGUGGAAAUUCCAUAAGCUUCUCUGCCCACUUGAAGUCUUCAAUCACUACCAACCACUCUUUCCCUCUCAACAACAACAAACUAAAGCUCAGUUUCUCUCAAGACCCAAACAAGCUUAGCUCUCUAUGCACCUACGCCGCCUCCGAUAACACCAAAACGAACAACUCCACCAGGGUGUAUCGCCGCCAUGGUUCCAACACUCACCACCGCCUGGCCACAAAAAACCGACCUAACCCCCGGAAGCUCAACACUGAAAAUCGAAACGAAAACCACCAAUCUCCUGCAAACCCAACAUUCCAAAGCGUUGAUGUGGAUUUGAUCAAGCUAUGCCAAGAAGGUAAGGUGAAAGAAGCUUUAGAUUGUAUGGGUCAAGGCGUUUCAGCGGAUUAUAAUGAUUUCGGGGCGUUAUUGGAUGCUUGUGCGGACACGAAUUCGCUUGAAUUGUCCAAAAGAGUUAAUGAUAUGUUGAGAAGGUCGAAGUUCGCGGGUGAUAUCGAUUUGAACAAUAAAUUGAUAAGUGUUUAUGGGAAAUGCGCUAGUAUGAGAGAUGCUCGUAGGGUGUUUGAUAAAAUGCGUGAACGGAAUUUGGCCUCUUGGAAGUUGAUGAUUAAUGGCUACGCUGCGAAUGGGAAUGGAGCUGAUGGGUUGUUGUUGUUUGAAGAAAUGAGAAACGGUGGAUUUCAGCCGGAUAACGAGACUUUUCUGGCUGUUUUAUCGGCUUGUGCAAGUGCAGGCGAUGUUGAGGAGGGAGUAAAGUACUUUGAAUUGAUGAAAAAUGAAUAUAGUAUUGCUCUGGGGAUUGAACAUUAUAUAGGGGUUAUUAGUGUUUUCGGGGAAGCUGGGCAUUUGAAUGAGGCUGUGGAGUUUAUUGAGAAUAUGCCGAUUGAGCCGACAAUCGAGAUUUGGCAGGCAAUUCGGGGCUUUGCACGAAUUCAUGGAGAUAUAGACCUUGAAGAUCAUGUCGAUGAGUUGUUGCUUGAAUUUGAUCCUUCGAUAAGCAGUGAGAACGAACUCCGAGUUCCUACGAAGAAGAAACAUUCUACAAUUAACAUGAUUGAGGAGAAGAACAGAGUGAGUGAUUAUAAGUGCAUAAACCCUUUCAAGGGAGAAGGAAAUGAGAAGUUUAAAGGCUUGAAUGGGCAAAUGAGGGAAGCCGGAUACGUGCCGGAUACAAGGUAUGUGCUUCAUGACAUCGAUCAAGAGGCGAAAGAGCAAGCCUUGCAAUACCAUAGCGAGCGAUUGGCGAUCGCUUAUGGUCUUAUUAGUACUCCAGCGAGGACACCUCUUAGGAUCAUUAAGAACUUGAGAAUUUGCGGAGAUUGCCACAAUGCGAUCAAAAUCAUGUCCAAGAUUGUUGGAAGAGAGUUGAUUGUAAGGGACAACAAAAGGUUUCAUCAUUUCAAGGAUGGCAAAUGCUCUUGUGGAGAUUACUGGUAAAGCUGUAGAAAACCUGGCCUUGAUUUUGUACUUACUGUUAAUCGCUUGCAUCAAGACAUUGUGGAAUGCUUGUAUUGAAAUAUAAACAUCCAGUCAAUGAAAUUUAAAUCCAAUAGCAACCUUUGAGUCAUUGAAA